ACGUCACCACGUGCGCCGCGUCAGCUGCUUCCUGUUGUGAUGUGGAGUUAGAAACUAACUCGUCGUAGUCUCGUCGUUUCUGCGGAGAAGAAGCUCCGUCGGUCCGUCGGUGAUCAGGGAUCAUUCACUCCGCCCCGACCGGCACCGACACGGUGACGCUCCGGUCAACUGCUGCUGCGGGGAACAUGUCUGCGGGCUCCGGGAGCAGGAACACGAACACGGAACCGUGGGGAAGCUUCGACGACAACCUCGUCCAGGGCGGCGCCGCCGUCAUCGACAUGGAGAACAUGGACGACACGUCGGGCUCCAGCUUCGAGGACAUGGGUGAGAUGCACCAGAGGAUGAAGGAGGAGCAGGAGGUGUCAGAGGAGGCGGCCGCCACUGAGGACGACACCGCGGAGGACGGAGAGUUUCUGGGCAUGAAGGGGUUAAAGGGUCAGCUGGGUCGACAGGUGGCAGACGAGGUGAGUCCCGCUCAGGACAGGGGUCAGAGGUUGUCCCUCAGAUCAGUAGUAACGGGAAGGUGUUCUGUCCAGGUGUGGCAGGCGGGGAAGCGUCAGGCCUCCAGAGCCUUCAACCUUUAUGCCAACAUCGACAUCCUGAGGCCGUAUUUUGACGUGGAGCCGGCCCAGGUCCGCAGCAGGCUGAUCGAAUCCAUGAUACCUGUCCGCAUGGUCAACUUCCCUCAGAAGAUCGCAGGUGAGCUGUAUGGUCCUCUGAUGCUGGUCUUCACUCUCGUGGCCAUACUGCUGCACGGGAUGAAGACUUCAGGAACCGUCAUUGGGGGGGGCACUCUGAUGGGAACCGCUAUAGGAACAUGUUUCGGUUACUGGCUCGGAGUUUCCUCCUUCAUCUACUUCCUGGGUUAUCUGGUCAACGCUCAGAUAACCAUGCUGCAGACGCUGUCCCUGCUGGGUUACGGUUUGUUUGGUCACUGCGCCGUCCUCUUCAUCACCUACAACAUCCACUUCCACUUCCUGUUCUACGUCCUAUGGCUGCUGGUCGGAGGACUGUCCACUCUGCGUAUGGUGGCGGCUCUGUUGUCCCGUACGGUGGGUCAGACGCCUCGUCUGCUGCUCUGUGGGACUCUGUCGUUGCUGCACAUGCUCUUCCUACUCUACCUGCACUUCAACUACCACAAGAUCGUGGAAGGGCUGCUUGACUCUCUGGAAGGACCAAACAUGGCUCCCAUGCAGCGAGUGGCCAGAGACGUGCCCGAGCUGACCAUCAACGCCACAGUGAGGGUCCUGGGUGCUUCGCUGAGGGCCUGAGGGGCCCACUGAGAGGCUCCACUGAGGGGGAUACAGAUCAGCCUCUGUUUUCUGUUUGUUUUAUUUAAAGUUUCUGUAAAAAAAGUCAAAUAAACUUCAUAAUUUACAUGUUUA